CUAAUCCAUGUACAGGCUGUACAGCCACUACCGUGAGCACUGAGCAAACGGCGGGCCAUUGUCUCCGCUCUGAAUUCCACAUUCAAUACCACUAUGCCGAAAUGACAUUCGAAUCCCUCCCUGGCAGAGUCCCAGUUAAGCUUAUUGCUACGUUCCUUCGAAACAUAGAUUUCGAGUUGCUAAUCAGUGUCGAAUUUGUCUCGGAGACUAAGACGUGCUGCUUCAGACUCAACUUUAAACGCCUGGAAACCCCAAAUCUGGUUAGUGGCGGCUACGAACGAAGUUUCUACCACUCCAGUCUUCGUUCAAUCGUGCCCAGAAGUAAUUGGAUCGAUAUCCCUACGUUCGCACUGCCAGAUUUCAUACUUUUUGAAUCUUCACUUCCUUGAACUUGAUGGUUUCCGAGUGGGAAGAACGCUUCAGCAAAUGAUUCAUUCUUGGAUGGUUGGUUGAAGUGGAAGGAGCAUAACACUUGGAGGGUGUAGGCCCAUAUCAGAACUUACACGACCUGCACUACGGAUGAAGUUUGGACUAAAUAAAUGUGCAUUCUUGAGGAUGGCCGUUUCUAA